CUUGUGUCGUCCGUGCAUAUGUAACGCGAGUUGUACGAAUUACCAUAAGAUUCUGCAGCAAUUAUCCAAAAAUCAACAAUAACCAAAUGCGUUCGGAAAUUUAAACUCAAAUGAGAUUGAAACAAUAAUAGUGUGCAAGUCUACGACGCGUAAUCGAGUGCCUUUCCGUGCAAAAUAAUUGUGGAGCGCGUGCAUAUAUACGGGUUCCCGUUGGUUCAGUUCAUAUCACUUUUUCUCGCUUACCUUACUGCUUUACCACUUACGUUUCGUACGUGAAUGUUGUGUAUUGUUAUUGUGCUCGUUUAACGUAAAGCAACAAAGUAGCAGAGCAGCAGCGGAUGCGCUUGCACAGGUCGGUUUCUGUUUUUUUGUAAACGUGAAUGAGUGUGUGGAAUUUUGACAAUUGUUUUUGUCACCCAAAAUCGCUUGUGCCAGCAAGUAAUCAAGUAAUUGUAAUUGUCCAACUAAAACUCUCAUCACUAUCACCAUCAACACGGAGCUGCAAUUUGUCAACAGAAACAACAAAUGCUACUUCUAUAGUUGCCACGAUAAUCAACUCGCUUGGAUACGCCGCACUUUUUAAAGAGCAGUCAGCAACAUGCGAGCCACGCGGCAUUAGCCCCCCCUCUAUUAUAGAAUAAAAUCAACGAAGCUUCGAAUGAAAGACUUGAGACCACAGACGGCAAUGUCGCAGCAGACCUAUUCAGCACAUCCAGCGCUGGCAGCGGAACCACUGGAGGCCUGCAGUCGACAAUACGCGCCGGCGACGAAAUCAGUAACCCCAGUAGGGACGGGACGGGAAACGAGUAGGCGGCAUACAAAGGCCACACCCAAAAAGUUCACAGCGAGCAGAAAUUGUGCGACCCAUGGGCAAAUGUCCAGUCCAGACAAAGACAACUGCUCCUUGUCGUCCGCCUCAUCCUCUGCCGCCGCCGCCGCCUGCACACGGAAAACGCAACCGGUGCGAACAAAUUAUGCGGCCGUCGAUGAUGACGAUACCAUCGACGAAGAUGAUGUGGAUGAUGUGAACUUUGGAAAGAUUGAGAACGGUGAUGAUGAGACUAAGAUAAUUAGAAAUAUAACCAAAGACUGUGUAAGCAUCACACAACAGCAACUACAACGACAAGCCACGGAAACGACAGCAAGCGCCGCCGCUGAUGCCUCCGUAGAUGAAACGGAUCAUGUGCAGCAGCGUUUAAAGCGGCACACGACAUCAACGCACAAGACGUCAAAUAAUCACCAUCAGCUGGAUGGAGGAGGCGGUGGCGGUGGCGGUGGCGUUGGAGGACGCGUUGGCUCCAUCAGCGACCUGAGCAGCGUCCGCAGUUCGCCCUCAGCGAGCACCGUUUCCUCGCCGUUGUCGACACCCACGCGCGGGGCGCCUAUUCAGUUCCAGCACAGUCACCAGCACUGCUGUCAGAAGGGAGCAACAGCGCUGGGGGCUGAGUCGAGAACGCGGCAGCAUCUUCACCAGCCACACCAUCACAGUCAUGUUGCACACCAACACCAGCAUCAUCAUCAGCACCAGCACCAGCAUCAUCAUCACCAACAUCACACGGCGGCAUGUGGCGGCGGUUCUAGUAACCCGACGUCCAGUGGGAUCUGCAAAAACAAAAAAUUGGAUCCGCGCUUUAACCCCUCGCCGUAUCGCCAGCUAUUGCCCAUUACGUUGUGCCUGCUCUCGUUUGCGACAGUCUUUACCAUACUGAUACUUUACAUGGAUACGACAGAAAUACGCCAUCAACAAUUCCGCCUGAACAUGUCGCGCGACUACGAACUGAGCAGCGUUUCGCAAGAUGAUCCCGCACUCAUAGCAUUCCUGCGCCAAAUCCACAUGCGCAAAUAUCCCAUGCAUCCGGGGAAGGGCACGCCGGGUGUGAAGGCUACCCCCGCCGGUAGCUUCGGCCUGGAAUCACAGUCUGGCAAUAGCAGCGGCACCGAUGGCCUUGCCCCCGCAAUGGCCCACUAUGUGUCGGAUUUGGUGGGCGGCAAGCUAAAUGGUGCUGUCAUACAAUCGCUUACUGGACCGCUGGCCCACUUGAUUACGGCGCCCUGGUUCAGCGAACAAUUGGAUUGGAUGGGCGUGCUAGUAGAGCCGGAGCCGCGCUGGUAUUUUACAUUGCGCAAACAGAAUGCGCAACGCGCUCACAUGCAAGUGGUACACGCGUGCGUCUCGCCGAACACUUAUCCCAAAGAGAUUACCAUACACAAUGAGGAUGUGCGCAUCAAUAGUCUGCACGAUGAGGAGACCUCGUGGUUCAAUUCGCGUGUCAAAUGCUUUCCGCUCUACACAAUCAUGCUGGCAUGUGAGCGCACCGAAUACGAUUUGCUCAGUCUGGGCGUGCAGGGGCAUGAGCUGGAGAUCUUGCAAACGCUGCCUUUUGACAAAAUCAGAAUCGACAUCAUCUCGAUACAUUUGCUUGAGGAUCACGAGGAUGUGCACGACUACGUGCAGAGCAUAACGAAGUUCCUGGCGGGGAAAUCCUAUAAAUUACAACGCAAGUUCGGUCGCAACUAUUUCUAUCAGCGCCUCAAUGCGGCAAGUCGUACGCGCAAAAAAGAUAUUCUCCUCCUCAAGACGCCCUAGGGAGCCAGACACAGCGACCGAGACGGAGAAAGCCGGAGAAAGGCAACGACAACAAUAAUAAGAGAAGCAUCUGAAACAACGAAGAUGAGGCAGCACACUGACUAAAGAAAAUUAGUGAAGACACGCGUUAACUGUUAUAAAAUGAUACUAAACUAAACUAAAUACUUAAAAUUAAAAACAAAAAUUGAAAAACUAUCGGCGAACAAAAAGUACAGCAACAAAAAUUUAAUAACUUUACACUAAAAAAAACAAAACCAACAAUCGCGAGCAACGUUUAUGUUAAUGAUAAUUAUUAUAUAUAAAAGCUAUAUAUAUAUAUAUAUAACGCAUAACGAUAUAUACAUAUAAAUAUGAACAUAUAUAUUGUA